UUGUAUAUAUAUAAAUAAAUGAUCGCUAAGGCAUCAAACCAGGUUAUAAAUGCUUCAAAUGUAGUUCACGGACAAUUAACUAAUUUUCGUUUGGGCAUCUGUAAAAUUUAUACUUGAUUAAAUUUGUGAGAUUUUGAAUGUAAUUGAAAAAAGGCACCUGUUUUCUAUUUUUCUAGUUUGGAAUCAGACUGAAAUGUGGCAAAAAUGUUGUACUGGAUUUAUGUAUCGAUUCUACUUACAUUUAUGCAAACUUUAGCCUUGGUAGAAGCACAAGUAUUCUUAAACCCAUGCGUUGAGGCAAGUUAUAAGAAAAGAUCUGUACAACUAAAUUGUUCCGGAGGUUAUAUUUCCAACGUUUCUGUCGAGUCUGGCACCGGAAGAUGUUUACAACAAGAUGGGAAUUGUUUAGGAAAGACGCCUUCGUUGAUGGUGGACUAUAUGAACUGUUACUGGCGCAACGGCUGCAAAAUCAACUGGCCACACGACCGAAUCAUUUUUAGCGAUUCUGUUAGUGGAAACUGCAUCGGCAGACAACCAACAUUUAUGGCAGUCAGUUAUAAGUGUUUCAAACCGACAGAUUUCCAAGAGGACUAUGGUUACACCAAGACGUCGGAAUCAGGUAUGGAUCCUAAAACACUUCUGAUAGAUAUCUGUAGCAAUCUUGGAAGUGGUCGUGGAAGUCGGAGUAGUCAUGAAUCAUGUUACGAAAGAUCAGGUUCUUCCGAUUCAGGGGGUAUCAUCAGAAGUCACAAACUGUACCCAUGGGACUAUCUUCAUUCGCCCAGAAACUGUUCGGUGAAGCUGUAUUGGCCAAAGGGACAAAAACUGCUUGUCGCCGUUCAUAACGUUGACAUUAGUGAUGACGAUAGCCUACUAAUUGUAAACAAUGACAAGCAAGUAAAUGCAUCUUCUGAUAAAACUUUCCAGUUCACAGAAGGGCAUGAGACUUCAUUUGUGUUUAGUGUAGGAACGGAGUCCAACAGCGGAAAAGGGUUUCUCCUUUGUUUCAAGUUUGUAUCUAAAGAUGACCAGAGCGUCCACGAUGCAUGCGAGAAAAUCAUGGGACGUGGAAAUGUUAGUCCAGUACCAAACGAUCAAGAUCCUCUAGACCUUCAUACGUCUAAUAGCUGGCUUGCAGAGUCGUUACUGGCUCCAUCAAAACCUGAAUCGACCACACUAAAGCCCAUCACCACCACCGAACCAAUACCACCCCGCUGUUUGAAAAAGAAGCCAGGUAAAAAGAGGGACAGAUGUAUUAAAAAGCAACAGAAAAAGAAACCUAGAAAGAAGAAAAAUCGAGGGAGAAAAGGAAAGAAGAAACGUGACUUGGAUAAGGAAAGAAAUGCUAAAACACCUAAACGAAACAGAAGGAAAAGGCGACACGGCAUAAGGAGACAAAAUAGAAGACGAGGCUGGUGAUUUGCUCUGGAAACUUACAAUCCAAACAGGCAAAUAAUUUUAUUAUAUGAUAGAAACCUUGGAAAGACUUCACCGAGGGAGUGAUGAUACAAGUUUAAAUGCAAGUAAUGUACUGGAUGUUUUUGUUUCUUAUUCCGAUCCUUGGACGUAAUUACAUCAUAGACGAAGUUUUAUGUUAAAGAUUUAUUUUAGGAAAAAAAGGCAAUGAUAAAAUGUAAAAUGGCUACUUAUGUUAUCAAUGACUUGUGCUUGUACACUGCUGGCGGAUCAGUAUGACUGGAUUUUGUUGGAAGAGUCACUCUUUGCCUUGUUGAUUUUUGUUCUCAUAUUAUAUGGCCAACAUCAACUGCAUUGUGGUUUUUUUGUUUGAUUAUAUGGCCAACAUCAACUGCAUAGUAGUUUUUGUAUGAUUGUAUGGCCAACAUUAAAUGCACUGUAGUUUUUUGUUUGAUUAUAUGGCCAACAUCAACUGCACUGUAGUUUUUGUUUGAUUAUAUGGCCAACAUUAACUGCAAUGUAGUUUUUUGUUUGAUUAUAUGGCCAACAUCAACUGCAAUGUAGUUUUUUGUUUGAUUAUAUGGCCAACAUCAACUGCAUUGUAGUUUUUGUUUGAUUAUAUGGCCAACAUCAACUGCAAUGUAGUUUUUUGUUUGAUUAUAUGGCCAACAUUAAAUUGCAAUGUAGUUUUUUGUUUGAUUAUAUGGCCAACAUCAACUGCAUUGUAGUUUUUGUUUGAUUAUAUGGCCAACAUCAACUGCAAUGUAGUUUUUGUUUGAUUAUAUGGCCAACAUCAACUGCAUUGUAGUUUGUCACAAUAACAACAAAGCUGAGUCAAUGAGCUCCAUUUCUAUAUCUAAAUUUGUGAAGGCCAGUAAAAUGCCAAUGAUAUUGUAUAUUGUACGAUAUGAUAUAUUGUACAUUGAAACAAGUUCCUAUAACGGACAUUUAUAUGUAUGCUACUUAGCAAUAUCUGUCUAUGUACAGAUAAGAGUGUAAAUAAGUAAUUGCAAAAACGUGGUGCUUGAACACAUUGCUUCCAUUGCAUCAUGAUUAAACAAUUAUAUGCC